AUGGUAUCUGUGCGAUGGUCUCUUCGGGCGCUAAGCUUGCUAUUACAAGUGUCAGUUAAUUCCAUACAGUUUUUUUCUGUCAGUUGUAGAUGAAUGGAAAUUCCAAGCUCCAAGGUGACACCUGUGGGCUGAGCGUUAAUUAUGCAUAAAUGAAUUCAGCCUUUUUAACUAUUCCGAAUUGAUUUCACUUGAGAAGCCAACACAGUUAUUCAAACACUUUCAGCAUGUGUUCUUUCUGGCACUUUUGCAUUUUUCAAGGUAUCUUUGCCUUUUUUACCCUCCCAUCAACUAUGGCUACUGCUGCCGUGGCCCUGCAACUGAUUGAAAACAGCAAAAUCACGACGCCAGAGACUGUCAGAGGCUUGAACGCUUCGAGCUUUGAUGUGGUGCAACUGCUAUCUAACUGCAUGGCUUCUAAGUAUCUGCAGAAUCACAACCGCAAUUUGUCGUCUUCAUCGAUUGCAAGUCUAUCGCUUCAUGCGGGAGUUAUUAACGGAGCAUUUGUAAAUGAAAAAAAAAGCAAUGGUAGCAAUGGUCAAGUGAUGUUACAAUUGAACAUGACAUUUCCAAUAGAAUCGGAAGAUACUCUAGGUAUACUUCCAAGUCAGUUAGAUUCUGCUCUCCAUACCAUGCAGCUCAAAGCAUUUGCUGUCAACAAUUUCACGGAAGACUACUGCAGAAUUCCUAAAUGCCCCAUUGAUAAGAUGUGCGUCAAUAAGAUGACAUUGUCGGAUGUUGAAACUAACAUUAAAAGGUGGAAUGACAGGUUGGUGCGGGCAAUUUGGGCACCUGGCCUACCUUGUCAAGUGAAUUCAGUUUAUAUUCACGAGGGAACUGGAUACAUUAACAUCCUUAAUGCUCAUUUCAAUGAAAACAAGCUCAUGCUGACAACAGCCAUCUUACUCGAGAACUGGUCGACUGAUUUGCCACAUCAGUUUUUCAAGGGAUUUUCCAAUACUAAUGUAACCCUGGUAGGGAUUUCGGUUCUCAUGACGUAUGAAAAAGGUAAAAUGGAAGGGAAGAAAGACUGGUUUGAGACAACCGAAGGUCUAGUAAACCUGACUCUGAUGGGCAUUCUUGGCUUCAAUCUCCUAGUCAUUCUCUUCGCAUUGUCAUUCUGGGCUUGCAAUAGAUCAAAGCGGGCAUUCGAACGAGACAUCUGGGAUUACGCUCUUUCUCGCAAGAAGGUUGACGACUCAGAUCCAUGGUGAUUUUUCUGUUAUAUCUUAACUGCAAAAAGUUGUAAAAAGAUUUGUUUUUUCUUAAUGAUAUUAACAUCUCAGAUAAAAAUCAUCGUUGUUUAUAUCAUUUUUAUCAUUUCAUCAUUUUGAUCACUCUAGUUUUUAGUUUUUUUUCAGAAAUAAUAUUUUAUGGAAUUCUCUCAAAAUAUUCAUAAGGUUGGAUAGGAAAUUAUUCUUUGUAAAAGUGCGUCUAGAUCAGGUGCGAUAAACAUAAGUCAUUUUUCUGCCCAUAUCUUUGGACUUCUUUAAUUGCCAAUUUGAUUACAACAAGUAUCUAUGCUUGGAAUUAGUUUUACAAACAUGUUUUUAUAAUAUUGCCUUUUUUAAUCUAAUAAGCUGCACAAAUAAUCAAGUUCGGUAUCUUAUUAUCGUUACGAAUAAAAAAAGCACUGCAACUUUGAUAAUAUUUCAUUUUAUCAUUUAACAAUCAAUUUUCGCAAUGUUUGUUUGUCUUUUUUUUCAUUUGCUCAGCUUCUUGUCAUGAACACAAUGGCGUUAUCAAUGUAUUUCGUAUGCCACCCCGAUGUUCUUAAUUCAUUAAAAUAUCAAUUUUUGUUGAAAUAGCUUCCCCCCUUAAGCGCUUUAAAUUGAUGUGUCUUCGUGCAUAUAACGAUUGAUUUGUAUACAUUUGGAAUGAUAAAUUACAUGGUUACAGUUUUCAAGUGCUGCUCCAAACUCGAAAGAUAGAGAAAAAAUACUGGUUGCAUUUAGAAUAAUUCAGAAGAAGAUUGAUGCAAAAAUGGCUUACAAGUGCAAUUCAAUACACUCAAUACUAGUGCAAAAUGGGGAUCCAUUGUUCGCCACGACAAGUCCCUAUAAUUCAACAAAAAUAUCUGAAGAUAAAUUUAAGGCUGAAAAAUUAAAAAAGGGUUUGUAUUAAGUUUUGUUAUUCUUAUAUUUUGUGGAAAAGGUCUUGGUCACUUUAAAAAAACCCCAGAUAUGCAAAUAAAAAUAUAAAGAUUGUCAACUUUUGAAAAAAUGUUUUGAAAACCCACAGAAAAAUUCUGUUUUACAGAUUGUGGUCUUUUUCAGUCCUAUUGAUAAAGGGGUGAACCCUUAUAGUUUUAAACUAAUCGCUGAAAAAGGAAUUUUUCAAUUAUCCAAUUAUCCGACCUAUAUAUAUACAGUAAUUUGUCAAUUAUCCGACCCCUAUAUACAGUAAUUAUUAAAUUAUCCAUUUAUCCGACCCAUAUACACGGUAAUUAUUCAAUUAUCCAACGCACCGUUUAUCCGGACUUCGAUUACCCGGUCCGUAAAAAAUGAGAAAAACCUUACAAAAAUUUUUAUCAUUUUUGUUAAAUUGUCAGGAGCACUUUUUUUCUUUCCAUUUUGAAUAUUUUAUGAGUAUUUUGAGAGUAUUAGGUGCAUUAGAUUGUAAUGUGUGCUUAGAAAUAGACUUUCAUAACAAUCAUCCUGUUUAUUUAUGCUGGUUUUUGCCGUUGUUCAUAUGUUUCCAAUUAUCAGGAAUUUCGGAUUAUCCGCAUGAAUCUUGAAAUCCUGUGUCCCGAGAAGAGCGGAUAAUUGAAUAAGUACUGUAUAGCAUUAUUCCUUUAGGCAUUGCUCGUUGUAUUGUCUUUA